AUGGCCCCGGCUGGACCGAAACUUACUCCAGAGGAGCGGCGCAGAGGCGAGAUCGCGCUCAGCGAUUUCGCGGAAUACGCUGAAAAACAGCAAGCGCAUCGCUCCGUUGCUCCGAGCGACAGCGGCUACUCUACUGCCAGUGUAUCCCGAAUCCACGAAGAUCAUGCAGAACUGGAGAUCCUUGACCAGCUAGGAUUGUCUGACACUCCGAAGCCAACCAGAUUAAAAGACUUGUUGUUGAAUACAGGUGAUCAACAAGAGGACAGUCUGCAACUAUUGGGAAGCGUUAUACAAACACGCAUCGAUGAAGGUCAUGGUGAAGCGAUAUUCGACGUGGGUAUUGAGGAUGGUGGUGAGUCCAUGGGCUUUGAUGUGUCCCAAUGGGAAACGGCGUUGCAGCGUGUACGGGAAGCGGCAGGAACGCUGCCGGCACACUGCCGUAUUCUUGUUACCUACAAUGUGGGAGGCCCUGAGGAAUCCAAGGUCAGAAAUGAUCGAAUGAAGGGUUCGUGCGGCAAGCUCCUCAUCCGGCAGCCAGCAGAAACCGUGGAGGAAAUGGCUGAGCUCCGGAUAGCGGUUGUGGGCAACGUGGAUGCUGGCAAGAGUACCAUGCUCGGAGUUCUCGUAAAGGGAAAUCUCGACGAUGGCCGCGGCAAAGCUCGAGUCAAUCUUUUCCGACAUAAACAUGAAAUCGAGAGCGGCCGGACCAGCUCUGUCGGCAUGGAGAUUAUGGGAUUCGACAGUCGCGGAGAGAUCGUGAGCAGCGCUCAGGGCCGCAAACUGUCUUGGGAAGAGAUAGGGAAGCGGUCUGCUAAGGUCAUCUCCUUCUCGGAUUUGGCCGGUCACGAGCGAUACUUGCGGACUACGGUCUUUGGCAUGCUAAGCAGCAGCCCCAACUACUGCUUAUUGAUGGUUGCGGCUAAUAACGGUUUGAUCGGUAUGAGCAAAGAGCAUUUGGGAAUUGCAUUGGCUCUGAAUGUUCCUGUGAUGAUCAUUGUUACCAAGAUUGAUAUCUGCCCCCCACAGAUUCUCCAGGAGACCUUGUCUCAAUUAAAUAAAAUCCUCAAGUCUCCCGGGGCUCGCAAAAUACCCAUUUUCGUGAAAGACAUGGAUCAGACCAUCAACACAGCAACGCAGUUCGUCAGUCAGCGGAUUUGUCCUAUCUUUCAGGUGUCCAACGUGACAGGAGAAAAUCUGGACCUGGUACGGACUUUCUUGAACAUUCUUCCCCAUCGUGGCCACUACAAUGCCGACGCGCCGUUUGAGUUCCUUAUCAACGACACAUUCUCCGUGCCACAUGUAGGCACGGUGGUAUCGGGGGUGGCCAAGUCAGGGGUAAUUCACGCGGGUGAUACGGUACUUGUUGGCCCUGAUUCACUUGGACAAUUCACCACAACUACGAUCAAGUCCAUCGAACGGAAACGGAUAUCUGUCAACGCCUGCUUUGCGGGGCAGUCUGGCUCGUUCGCGCUAAAGCGAGUACGAAGGAAAGAGGUUCGAAAGGGUAUGGUUGUUCUCAAGAAGUUGGACCAGCCUCCCAAAGUUUACCGGGAGUUCGUUGCGGAAGUACUCAUUCUCUCCCAUGCUACUACCAUCAAGCCUCGGUACCAAGCGAUGUUGCAUGUUGGGGCCGUGAGUCAAACAUGUUCUGUCAUUGACAUUGACCGUCCCUUUAUCAGAACGGGUGAUCGUGCCCUGGUGGCUUUCCGUUUCGUGCAGCGCCCAGAGUUUCUGGCGCCUGGAGACCGGGUACUUUUCCGUGAAGGAAAGACAAAGGGAUUAGGUAUUGUGAAAAGCGUUGGAUACGAUCCUGACAGCCCUCUGAACCCGGAAGCCAAGAAGGAAGGGAGCAAACACUAA